ACCACCCAAAAACAAAGCCGUAUCAAUCCUCGUGAACCGAAUUCCUUCUCUCUGGAUCUGAUUCGAUCAAUUCGAAAAAUAUCUCUCUCGCUGCGUUUCUUCAUGGCAUCUGAUCAACGUGAAACUGAUUUCUCCGUUGAUUCACCGGAUCUAGAAGAAGACGCCGGCGGUGGCGGUGGCCGAGGAGGAGGAGGAGAAACUGAAUCCGACGAAGAUGUUGUUAUACCCGAACCAAACGAAGCCGAAGAUGACGAUCCUGAUCCAGAAUACGAAGAUCUGAAUUCUCCGUCAAUGAUUUCCGCAAUUUCCACAGCUCCGGUGGCGAAAUCAACCUCCGGAACCGUAACCGUCGCUCUUCCCGCCGGAUCCGCGGUACCUGUAUCUUCAAUUCCGUCAGAUUCCGAUCAGAAAUGGCACCGUAUGACCGAAAUCGUUCAUCAAAAACCACCGAUUGAUGACUCUCGACGUUUAUUCCAGAGACUAUGGACUGAUGAAGAUGAGAUCGAGCUACUCCGUGGAUUUCUCGAUUACAUCACGAGCCACCGUGGUAACAGCUCGCAUCCGCCCGAUACGGCGCCGUUUUACGAGCAGAUCAAAUCGAAACUUCAAUUGGAUUUUAAUAAGAAUCAGCUUGUGGAGAAGCUAAGGAGGUUGAAGAAGAAGUAUAGGAAUGUUAUGAGUAAGUUUAGUUCUGGUAAAGAAGUAUUCUUUAAAAGUCCUCAUGAUCAAGCUACUUUUGAUAUCUCUAGGAAGAUUUGGAAUCAAACUGGGAAAAUUAUUGGGUUUGAGGAUAAUAAUGUGAUGGAUUUCGAAGAAACCAAUCAUGUAAAUAACACGAACGGUAGCUCGAGUUUCAAUGUCUCGAUUGUGAAUGUGGAUGUUGAUUCUGAAAACGGUUUGGAGAAGAAAGUGACAAUUAGUAGAAAACGAUCACGAUCGAGGAUCGGGAAGAUUGAUGAGGAUAAGCCUGUUAUUGCUCCGAGUGACGGGCUAGUGCCGAAUGCUGUUAAUCUUAAUGAGAAUGUGGCUGUUGCUGGUGAUUUUGGUGAUGGGAGGAAUUUAGGAGGGUUGAUAGAAGAGACGGUGAAGAAUUGUGUAUCGCCUAUGAUUAAAGAGAUGAUGAAUGGUACGACGGGUAUGAUGAUGGCUGCGAUGGGUGGGUUUCCAGGAGGUGGUGCUCAUGCUCUUGGUGUGUUGAGUCCGAUGCUAAUGCCAUCGAUGAAUUUAGGGUUUGGUGGUAAGGGAGCAGGGGAUGAACGGUGGAGGAGACAGCAGAUUCUUGAGUUGGAAGUUUAUUCGAGGAGAUUAGAAUUGGUUCAAGAGCAGAUUAGAGCCACAGUGAAUGAGUUAAAGACAAUGCCUAAUGGAGGAUGAUGCAUAAGUUUUUAGUAUUUUUCUUGAUUGAAUCUUUUUUAAUUUUGUCGAUUAGGGGUGAAUGAUAGGUGAUGGGGUUGUGCAUAACCUUUGUAUUAGUCUAUUAAAUUAUAGUUUUUGGU